GGUUGGGUCGGGAAUUUUUCAAGAAUUCAAGUCUUCCAUUGGCCGGCUACGGGAGAACUAACAAUUUGGUUUUCUGUUUAAAUAAUUUUAAUUAGAUUUAGUUGAAUUUAAUUCAAUUAACAGUAAAAUAAACUUAAUUAAAAGUAAUUUAAAGCCACCAAUUUGUUGUUUUUUCUCUCUAGUUGGUUUUUAAAACAUAAUUUAAAAUGAUUAAGAACGCAGUAUCACUUGUGACUGGAGGAGCUUCAGGUUUGGGUCGUGCUACUGCCGAGCGUUUAGCACGCAAUGGAGCCAAAGUAGUUCUUGCCGAUUUGGCAACCUCCAAAGGCAACGAAGUUGCCAAGGAACUGGGUGACAACGUUGUGUUUGUCCCAGUCGAUGUAAGUUCUGAGAAGGAUGUCCAAAACGCUGUGCAGGUCGCCAAAGAUCAGUUCGGACGUCUGGAUUUGGCUGUUAAUUGUGCUGGAACUGCUGUUGCCUUCAGGACAUACAAUUUCAAUAAGAGCCUCCCUCAUAAGUUAGAAGAUUUCGCCAGGGUGUUGACCAUUAACACUGUGGGAACUUUCAAUGUUAUUCGUUUGUCUGCCGGUCUCAUGGGAACCAACGAACCCAAUCAAGACGGACAGCGUGGUGUCAUCAUUAACACAGCUUCGGUCGCAGCUUACGACGGUCAAAUCGGCCAGGCAGCUUACGCCGCCUCAAAGGCCGCCGUUGUUGGUAUGACUCUCCCAAUUGCUCGUGACUUAAGUACCCAGGGUAUUCGUGUUUGCACCAUUGCUCCUGGUCUCUUCAACACCCCCAUGCUGGCUUCCUUACCUGAAAAGGUUCGUACCUUUUUGGCCAAGAGCAUCCCAUUCCCCCAACGCUUGGGUGAACCUUCAGAAUAUGCCCAUUUGGUUCAAGCUAUCUACGAAAAUCCCCUCAUGAACGGCGAGACUAUUCGUAUCGAUGGUGCCCUUCGCAUGCAACCUUAAGAUAAGUAAAAUGUUUUCAAAACCGAAAGUGCAUUUAAUUUAAGGUAAAUGUUCCCAGUUUUUUUUUUUUAUUUUUAAAUUUUGAAUAAAUCGUUCUUUGAUUAUGGAAAGAA